GGCGAAUAAAACCUGUCGCUCCUACUGAGCCAGUGGCGUCUUGAUCCUUGCAAAAUUCACCCAGUAGGACAUUUCCUGCAGACCCAGAUCCAGGUCAUGUCGAAGUCAAAGGAUAUGGGCUCUUCCAUCAUUCACACCCAGCAGAUGCAUGCUGCCAUGGCGGACACGCUCCUUGAGCACAUGUGCCUGCUGGACAUCGACUCUGAACCCGCUGUGUCUCGCAACACCGGCAUCAUCUGCACAAUCGGACCUGCCUCCCGAUCUGUGAACAUGGCCAAGGAAAUGAUCAAGGCUGGGAUGAACAUUGCAAGAAUGAACUUCUCUCAUGGCACACAUGAGUACCAUGCUGAGACCAUCAAGAAUGUCCGUGAGGCUGCUGAGAGCUUUGUUGCCGGAUCUGCUGACUACAGACCAUUGGCCAUCGCUCUGGACACCAAGGGACCAGAAAUCAGGACUGGACUUAUCAAGGGCAGUGGCACUGCUGAGGUUGAGCUCAAGAAGGGUGAAACCAUCAAGCUCACACUCGACAACCAGUUCAUGGAGAAUUGUGACGAGAAAGUUCUGUGGCUCGACUACAAGAACAUCACCAAGGUUGUGCAGAUAGGAAGCCACAUCUACGUUGACGAUGGUCUGAUUUCCCUCAAGGUUAAAGAAGUUGGCAAGGACUUCCUGAUGUGUAACAUUGAGAAUGGCGGAUUGCUGGGCAGCAAGAAGGGCGUCAACCUGCCUGGAGCUGCCGUUGACCUGCCUGCUUUGUCUGAGAAGGACAUUCAGGACCUGGAGUUCGGCGUGGAGCAGGGUGUUGACAUGGUCUUCGCCUCCUUCAUCCGCAAGGCUGCUGAUGUUCAGGCUGUCAGGAAAGUGCUGGGCGAGAAGGGCAAGGACAUCAAGAUCAUCAGCAAGCUGGAGAACCAUGAGGGUGUGCGCAGAUUCGAUGAGAUCCUGGAGGCUAGUGAUGGCAUCAUGGUGGCCCGUGGAGACCUGGGCAUUGAAAUCCCAACAGAGAAGGUCUUCAUCGCGCAGAAGAUGAUGACUGGCAGGUGCAUGAGGGUCGGCAAGCCCAUCACCUGUGCAACACAGAUGCUGGAGAGCAUGACCAAGAAACCACGCCCUACUCGCGCCGAGGCCAGCGAUGUCGCCAACGCCGUGCUGGACGGCAACGACUGCAUCAUGCUGAGUGGUGAGACCGCCAAGGGAGACUAUCCCCUGGAGGCCGUGCGCACACAGCACAUGAUUGCCCGUGAAGCCGAGGCAGCCAUGUACCACAGGCAGAUGUUCGAGGAGCUGCGUCGCACCUCCCAUCUGACCCGUGACCCCACAGAGACCGUAGCUAUCGGUGCCGUCGAGGCUUCCUUCAAGUGCUGCGCCAGCGCCAUCAUCGUGCUCACCAAGUCUGGCAGGUCUGCUCACAUGCUGUCGAGGUACAAGCCCCGUGCCCCCAUCAUUGCUGUGACCCGCUGUGGCCAGGCCGCCCGCCAGGCCCACCUGUACCGCGGUAUCUACCCUGUGCUCUACACCAAACCUGCCAACGAUGUCUGGGCCGAGGACGUUGACCUGCGUGUGAACUUUGCUCUGGAAGUUGGUAAGCACCACAAAUUCUUCAAGUCUGGAGAUGUUGCCCUUGUUGUGACUGGCUGGCGCCCAGGUACCGGUUACACCAACACUAUGAGAGUUGUGCUGGUGCCUUGAACUCCAUCAAAGGACAUUAGUAACCGCUCCCCCUCCCCUGUCCUGUAAACUGUUUUGGACUUUUCUUUCCUCUCAGUCUUCAUCCCCAACAGAAAAUCAAAACCAGGCCGCUCCUUCAAAGGACUUUUGAAGGUGUCGUUCACAGACAAUAACUCCUUGCUUCCUUUAUCCAUAAAUGAAAUGCAUUGUCUAAAUCGUUUUAAUGGAAACUUUUCUAUCGUGACUGUGUCGACUUAGUUUGCAUGUUGAACAGAGUGGUAAUCAGUGUUUCUCUGCAUUCACUGUAAAGUACAUGUUUUGUUAUUUCCUUGUUUUUUGGUUCAUUAAUUAUCGAGGGAUGAACAUAAAUAUGUACUAGUAUUGUCUUGCCCAGUGUUUCAUGCUGAACUGACAGUUGGCACAAAGUCAUCUGGUGGGUUUCAAUCCAUUAAAAGGAAUUCUGGGGUCAA